AUGCCAUCCGCGCUCGCAACGCUGAACGAGUGCGUCUGGGGCGACUACCUCUCGGCGCAGCAUGGCCGCCUCGACCCUCUCCCGGACGUCUCUCACCUUACCAAACGCGUCGUCCGUAUCAUGGGUGGCAACGCGGGUCUGAUGCGUCUCCAGGGCACCAACACCUACCUCGUGGGCACCGGCCGGCGCCGCCUUCUCAUUGACACGGGCCAGGGCUUUCACGCCUGGAUCGACAGCCUGCUCCGCGUCUUGGACGACCUCGACGUCGAGCUGAGCCACGUCCUGCUGACGCACUGGCACAGCGACCACACGGGCGGCGUGCCGGAUCUCCUCGCCCGCCGCCCCGAAUACGCCGACUGCGUCUACAAGUGCGAACCGGACCGCGGCCAGCGGGCCAUCACGCACGGGCAGGUCUUCUCCGUCGAGGGCGCCACCGUGCAAGCCGUCUUCACGCCCGGCCACGCCCACGAUCACAUGUGCUUCAUGCUGGAGGAAGAGGACGCGCUUUUCACUGGCGAUAAUGUACUCGGCCAGGGCCAGAGCGUCUUCGAGGACCUUGGUACAUUUACGCAGAGUUUGGCUGAUAUGGCUGCUCUGGGGUGCCGCGUUGGGUACCCCGCCCACGGGCCUGUCAUUGCCGACCUGCCACGCAAAAUGGACGAGUGCAUUCGCCAAAAGGAGGCGAGGGAGCGGCAUGUUUGUGUGACGCUUGAAGCUGCCAGAGCAUUGUCUUUGCCUUCUACUUCUCCACCCGGCCAUGGCGGGAAGGGGAGUCUGAGCGUCUCGGAGCUCGUGGAGCGCAUGUACGGUGGUCUUCCCGGGGAUGUGUCGCAGCUAGUCGUUCGCCCUAUUGUUUUGGCCAUCUUGGAUAAGCUGGCGGAAGAGCGGAAGGUCGGCUUUGAGAUGAUUCUCGGGGAGCAGCGGUGGUUCGCGCGGGAGGCGAAGAGACCACGACGCUUGGAGGGGAGACUACGGCCUUUGGUUGGGGCGCGAGCUGCGACGAUAUCGUGA